AUGAUCAUUACAAUGCAAACACAAUUAAAAGGCGUUGAAUUGAAGCAAGAAAUUAGUACCAAACAAUCCCAAGCACUUGUAAAAGAUUUGGUGUCAAUUUCGUUAAAUUGUAUUACAUUCUUGAGAAACAUCUUUGGUGACGAUAACUAUGUUGAUAGGAAGUUUAUUUGCACUGAAAACCCUAAUAUUAAGAGUGGUUUUGUCAAAACAAAACACUUAGUCGAAGGUAUUUCCAAGGAGGCAGAUAUGUUCAAGAAUUGGAUUGAUUGUGGUGUACAUAAUGCUAUCAGUUUGCAAUAUUUACUGGCGCUUCAAUUCGGUAUUUAUAUCGAUGAGAAUCAACCAGAAAAAUUGAGUGAAACGUACAUCUUCAAGUUUGAUUACAAUAAUGGAAAUAUCUCAUUUGGUAUAAAUGAUGAAGACAAAUGUGAACCGUUGCUGGAGUUGACUGCUCGUGAGAAAGUACAGCAACUAAUCAAACGAUUAAUUGUCUUGACUCAAACCUUCGGACCUUUACCAGAAAAAAAACAUAUAUCCGUUAGAUUAUUAUUUAAUGAAAAAUGUCCUAGAGAUUAUCAGCCUUCCUUUUUCAAGGACGCAUCAGACUUAGAAUCCCCUACUAUAACAGUUGAUGUGGGCAAUUCGAGUGACAAUAUCGGCACUCUCGAUACUGGCCAUGAUAAAGUGAAUAUUAAAAUUCUAACGAAUGUGGGGAUACAGAUCACAAACCCACUUAAUUUGGAUCCAUUUGACAUAAUAGAAGAUAAUGAUAAUCAUGACCCACAUAAGUUUGAAAACCAAAUUGAGUUCCCUAAAGCUAAUAAUUCGCUAUCUUUGAACAAAUAUUUAUUUUCCAACAAACCAGAUGAUAUUCACUCUACUCAGCUUGUUCCUCCGUCGCAACUGUAUUACUCAGGAAAUUUCAGGCUAACUUGCGAAUGUAAUUGUUGGACGUCUGCCUCGCGCAUUAAACUAUCGAUGAAGGGUUUUGCAAUUCUAACUUGUCGCACUUGCCAGAGACAGGUGCAUUCAUGCUGUUAUGGAAUGAAUCAUUCGAAGCCCAUUAAAAAGUCUGUUCAUACUUUCAAAUGCUAUUCAUGUAUGUUAGAUACCGAUUCGCUCGAUGAAGAUUUGAUACUCUUGAUGAGAUUGAGAUACUUGUGGAAAUACAUGUCCUGUUAUGAUAUUCCUGAACUGCUUGACUUAUUUUAUGAAAUUUUCAGUUUGACUACCAUGGCUGAGGAUGAUGUGGUCCGAAAAAUGUUGAAUAAACUAUUCCAUGAUAAAAUUCUAAUGGUAUUAGAUGAGCCUGUUAUAGUCAGAGGAAACAAGAAUGCAAUGGGAACAGGAUAUUUGACACCAACUAUAGAUUUGCUAUUAGACAAUAAAGGAAACUCACUUGUCAAAAAUCAUAUUUAUAACAUAGCCUUUACCCCCACUCUUAAAUCUCCAAAAUCAAUGUGCCAUACUGAUAAGCAAGUGUUUUAUUUCCCAGAUACGUAUAAUACAAAAAGUAACAUUCUUAGUUUAUUGAAGGAGUUCAAGACCAGCUUAUUGAAGAAUCAAGAAUUUGAUGAUGAUCCAAUCGAAUCAAGCAGUCCCAUUUUUAAUACCAAAACUAUGGAAAAUAGAGGAGAAAUUAUGAAACCGGUGGAUCAAACUAGAACUAGUCAUGCCAAUGAAAGUCUAGUUGAUGAGGAUAUGGAUGAAUUGUCAUUUGAAGAUUCGUUAAAUUUUCUCUCUCAACCGGCUAACAAUCAAGACUCGGAGGGUGUUAACUUUUUGCAAGAUAAAGUAAAUCACGUACAUGUGCUGACAUCCAAGAGAAAGUUGGAUAGUAGUCUGAUAAUAAACUAUAAAGUCAAAAACCGGAAAAUUAGUGUGAAUGAUGAUACAUGUUUUUAA